AUGUCGACUACCCGCCAGCAACCGCCCUGGAACCAGCCUCAGCCGCAUGCCGAAUCUGCAUCCCGUCUGCCUCCAUUGAAGAUUUACAACUCCCUAACUAGAUCGAAAGUCCCGUUCGUUCCCCUCGACCCUAGCGGCCGCAAGGUUACCUGGUAUGCCUGCGGUCCAACAGUCUACGACGAUGCACAUCUUGGUCAUGCCAGAAACUAUGUCAGCAAUGAUAUUCUCCGGCGGAUAAUGCGUGACUAUUUCAAUUUUGAUGUUCAAUUCAUUAUGAAUAUUACGGAUGUGGAUGACAAGAUUAUAUCAAGAGGACGACAGCAACAUUUUUUCACUGAAUAUGUGAAUUCACACCCAUCAAUUGAUGACGACGUUCUUUCAACCGUUCGUGCAGCAUUUGCAGCUUACUUGGAGAAAAAACUCCCACUACUGGAGGCUGGACUCACCCCGGAGCGCUAUAGUGGCGAGGUAGAGAAGGUUUACGCGGCCAUCCUGAAUGGUGGAGCUCUUGAUGGUAGUGGAAAGCCUGGAGAUGAUGAAGCGAAAAUAAAAAUGCACAUCAAGACUGCGGCUUCCGCAGCUAAUAUGCUCUCCAAAAUCGCUACCUCAAAAGAAAGCAUCCUCAGUGAGACUUUCUACAAGAAUGUCCAGGAUGUACUUCUUGAACACCUGGAUUCCCUUUAUGGAUCAUCGAUACGCGGAGAGGAUCGUUCAAUUUUCACCAAGUUGACGAAAACGUACGAGGAUCGCUUUAUGAAGGAUAUUCGCGAUCUAAAUGUCUUAGAUCCUGAUGCCGUUACUAGAGUAACAGAAUACAUGCCCGAGAUCGUACAAUUCGUGGAGAGAAUAGUUCAGCAUAAAUUCGCCUAUGUAACCUCUGAUGGCUCCGUUUAUUUUGAUAUUACCGCAUUCGAGGCUUCAGGGAACAGUUAUGCCAGAUUGGAACCGUGGAAUCGGAAUGAUACUAAACUUCAGGCUGAGGGAGAAGGCGCCUUGAUAAAUAGGACAACAGAGAAGCGAUCACCAGCAGAUUUUGCCUUGUGGAAGGCGUCAAAAGCUGGUGAACCUAGCUGGCCUAGUCCAUGGGGUGAUGGUCGCCCUGGUUGGCACAUUGAAUGUUCAGCCAUGGCAUCUGCCAAGCUUGGUAAACAGAUGGACAUCCAUUCUGGUGGAAUUGACUUGGCGUUUCCACAUCAUGACAACGAGUUGGCUCAAAGUGAAGCUUAUUGGCAUGAAAAUUGUGCCCAAAAUCACUGGGUCAACUACUUCCUUCAUAUGGGCCACUUAUCCAUUCAGGGAUCCAAAAUGUCAAAAUCACUCAAGAACUUCACUACCAUCCGAGAAGCCCUUGACAAAGGAGAUUGGACCCCAAGAAGCCUUCGUAUUGUUUUCCUGCUAGGUGGAUGGAAGGAUGGAAUUGAAAUAACUGAGGAUCUCGUCAAGGCUGGAAAUGCCUGGGAGGAGAAAGCUAAUAAUUUCUUCAUCAAUGCUAGAGACUCAGUUGCACAGGCAAACAGUGAUGCAGGCUCAACGGAUGACACUCUAGCGACUGCACUUAAAUCUGCCCAAGAUGCCGUCUAUCAAAACUUGUGCGAUUCCUUUAACACCGCUGGAGCUAUGCAUGCGAUUUCCGAACUUAUCUCCAAGUACAACAUCUCCAAUAAAUCCACGUUACCGGUUAAGGACGUCCAGGAAGCCGCAGUGUGGGUCACAUCGAUGGUCAACAUAUUCGGUCUCAACGGUAGCGCGUCACCUGUCAUAGCUGAAAUCGGCUGGUCAGGCAUCGAUAUCCCCGAAGUUUCAAAACCGUAUCUCUAUCCACUAUCCACUAUGCGAGAUUCACUUCGAGAAGCUGCCAGAUCGAAAUCAGGCAUAUCAGAGGAGGCGAUAAAGUCGAUCGUUGAGAAGGGAACCACAGUAGUUAAACAAACGUCAGACGUAUUCGAGGAAGCGGAAGUAUACAAAAGCCUCCUUUCUGACUUCUGCACAAAAAUCUCCUCUCUCAAGCAAACCGACUCCGUUUCAAAGGAAAUCCUUUCCCUUUGCGAUCGCGUCCGUGACAUAGACUUGUUUGAUCUUGGCAUCUACCUGGAAGACCGUGAUAAUCAGCCAGCCCUCGUUCGUCCCGUCACCAGAGAACUCAUCCAAGCACGGGAGGAGAAGGCCGCCCGGGCCCACCAAAAGCAGAUCGAGAGAGAAAAUAAAGAAAAAGAGUCGCUUAAGAGGGCUGAGAAAGGUAAAAUCAGCCACCUGGACAUGUUCAGGACCACUGAGUAUAGUGCGUGGGAUGACGAUGGUAUUCCCACCAAAGAUGCGGCUGGAGAGGAGGUUACUAAAAGCAGAAGUAAAAAACUGAGGAAGGAUUGGGAACGACAGAAAAAGGCACAUGAAGCGUGGUUGGAAAGUAAUCGGGGAAAUUUCUCAUGA